AGCUCGCGCUCAUGUAUGGUUGGUUGUCAGUAUGAAGAGAGCCGUAGUCCCUCAUGAGGACACCACCUCAGGUCAAAGUCCUCGGGAUCAUCUACAGUCCCCCGCACUGCUUCUCACCUGUAUCCGGGCGGAGAUGAAGUGUCCACGGGUAGCCGCAGGGUCGCGUGGCCCGAUGCUGCUGCUGCUGCUGCUGCUGGUCGCAGGUGUUUGCGUGGACAGCUAUAAACCAGUCAUCAUCGUGCAUGGCAUCUUUGAUGGACCACAGCAGUUCCAGAACCUGUCAAGGUUCAUAAAGAAGGUGCAUCCAGGCACUGAGGUCACAGUGAUUGACUUGUACGACGACCUGUUGAGUCUGCAGCCGCUGUGGAAGCAGGUCCCAGACUUCAGGCAGUCCUUCAACUCCAUCAUGAAAAAUGCUCCUGAUGGUGUCCAUCUUCUGUGCUUUUCACAAGGUGGUCUAAUUUGUCGAGCACUUCUCUCCACGACUCCCAACCACAACGUGCACACCUUCAUUUCACUGUCAUCCCCACUGGCUGGACAGUACGGAGACACAGACUACCUGCAGAAGGUAUUCCACAAAACCUUAAAGAAGAAUGUGCAUUUUAUCUGCUACAACAAACUCGGUCAAAAAGUGUCUAUUUGUGACUACUGGAACGACCCUCACCAAAGACUCAGCUACCUGCGGAACAACAUCUUUCUGCCUCUCCUUAAUGGUGAACGACCUCACAGUGACAUGAAAGCGUGGAGGGAAAACUUCCUGCAAAUCGAGAAGUUGGUGCUAAUUGGAGGACCGGAUGAUGGUGUCAUCACACCGUGGCAGUCAAGCCACUUCGGAUUCUAUGACAGCAGCGAAAACGUCGUAGAAAUGCAGAAGCAGGAGUUUUACCUGAACGAUGCGUUUGGGCUGAAGACGCUGGACCAACGUGGCGACUUGGUGACGUGUGUUCAUUCGGGGGUGAAGCACACAACCUGGCACUCCAACUUCACAGUGUUCAGGAACUGCAUGGAGAAGUGGCUCACAUAAAAACUCUCCAACAGUAAAAGCGUGGACGUCCGUCCAGAUGU